AGAGUGAUCAUGUGAUUGAAGAGAUGAAAAAAUGGCGCUAAAAAGGGAGGCUGCAAGACAAAAAUAUUUAGAAGUUUUCGAAUUAGAUACGAAUGCAACCGAUGAAGAUAUCAAGAAGGCAUACAAAAAAUUAGCCUUGAAGUAUCACCCUGAUAAGAACCUGAACGAUCCUGAGGCAACACAAAAAUUUCAAGAGCUGAGCAAGGCAUAUUUGGAACUGACAAAAUCAAGGGAGGCCUUUUGCUCACAUUGUGGCUGUGGAUGUGACUAUGAGUUUAGUGAUGAUGAGGAUGAUGAUGACGAUAAUUAUGAGGAUGAAGAAGAUUGGUACUUUGACAGCGAUAGUGAGGAAGCAGACGAGAAUAUAUUCUACUUUGGAAGAAUAUUCAUGGGUGUGUUUUCAGAGUUUAUCUUCAAGCGAAGGUUCCAGACAAGGAAAAAGCCCCCCGAUCAGAGGUACACCCAGGAGGAGAAGGAGGAGGACAAUUUCUUUGAUUUCAUCUUCAGGAAAUACAGAACAAAAGAUGACAGUGAUUAUGAGCUGACAGAAGAAGACCUGAAGAAAUUUCACUCAUACGAUGAAUGGCUGAAGUCCAGAGAUCCAAAGAAAAGACAUAACCAUCGCAUGCGGAAGGCAAAAAAGAAAGCCAAUAGAAAGAUGCCAGGAGAAAAACCCAAGACUGUGUCAAAGAAGCAGCUCCUUGCUGAACAACGUCGCAGAGAAAAGGAAAUGAGAGAAAUAGGAGAAAAUAUACAGUCAAAAAUUCAGCAAGGAAGCAAAAAAUCCAAGAAGACUCAUACUGGAGGAGAUCAAUGGGAUAGCAACAGGGUUCUGAGGGAGUUGGAGGUGAUACAGGAUGAAAACAGGAAAAAAGAAAUGGAGAUGGAACAGGAACAGAAGAAGUAUGAAACCCAAGAAAGAUUGAAAGAAAAGAGGAAAAAGAAAAAAGAAAUGAAAGAAAUGAAAAAGCAAGUUCAGAGUGAGGCCAAGAAGAAGUUACAGGAUCAGGAGGACCUGAAACCAGUAACGGAGGAUGUAGAUAGUACAGAUGUGGUGCAACAGUACAUGGACAAACAGAAUCGUCUGUUUGGGAGCAAAGCCAGCACCAACCAGCGAUUAAACAGCCAGGAACUGUUUCCUAUGGGAAAUGUACGUAAAGAUGAUUCCUUCAGAGAAAGGGAUGUAAAAAGUGGACUUCUCAAACAGUAUCUUUUUAAUGAAGACAACAACAAUAAUACUACCAUCAACACCACCAAUUUCACACUGGAGAGUGGAGAGAGGGGAGAUAAAUCCAGUCUUCUUGAUUACCACUUAAAACAGUACAAGGAGCUAAUGAAGGUACAGCCUGUUAGACAUACAGAACAUCAGCUCAAGGAGGAGCGAACACGUCAGAAGGAAGUACAGCUUCAGCGCAAGCAUCAGGAACUUGAGAGUCUUCGAGACAAACACAAAGAGAAUUACCAGUUUAAGACAGAAAAGAAGCAUCCAACAAGCAGCUUCACCACUCUGGAAGACGAGGAGUUUGAGAGGAUGAGGAAGGAGUACCUCCAUAAACAACAGGAGCGGGAGCGCAAGCGCAAUGAGGAGGAAAUCAUGGAAUUAAAAAACAAAAGGGCCCAGACUCAGAAAUGGGUACAGAAAGUGGAACCUCCUAAAUGGUAUGAAAAAUCUGCACCAGAUCCGGACAGAACAGUCCCUGAUCCUCCAAUUCCAAAGAAGAAUGUGUGGUCAACCCGACAGCAGCGUCUACAAAACAUGGAAAUGAUGCGGCCUCGCAAUGAACUGGAUGAGGAAGCAAUUUUGAGAAAGGUGAUGGAGGAAAGUCAAAAAACAGCCGAGCUGGAAGUGCAGAGGAGAAGACAGAUUGCCCAGAUGAACAGGGAGAAGAUACAAAUGGAAAAAGAACUUGCAGCCAAAACUGUUGUACCAGACCCUAUGGAAAAGCCUUUCGUUAGACCAAAACCCAUUGAGAGUAUCUGGGAUGUGAAGGAAGAUCCACCUUUGCCUGUUAAGUCUGUACCUGUCAACCCUGUAAGUGUAUGGGCCAGUAACCCUCUCAUCAAAUCAAAACCAGCCAAGCAGGAAAACACAUCACAACCACCGAAAUCCUAUUCUUCCAGUGUCACUGAGGACUCUCCAAACCAUCCAAAAUUAAAAACAAGCUUCAGUAAUCGACGCCCAAAUGUUAAAGUGCACAUUCCAGAGAAGACAGUAACAAAUGAUGAUUGGGAUGAAGAUCUCAAAGAUCAGUAUCUUCCUCAACAUUCACCAAGCUCAUUCCACCAGUACAUGAAAUGGCAGCCCGUAGCCAAGGCCAUGCUAGAACAGCAAAAGGAAGAGAUCAAGACCAAACCAAGUAGCCCUAUUGAUCAGUUAGAUAACUUUGACGUGAAGGAGGAUCAUCAGAAGUGUGAGUCACAGACAGCUCGGGUUAGGGAUAAAUCUAUACACAAUUCUGCUAAUGCAACACCUUCUGGACAGAUGCAUACAAGGAAAUCUCCAUGGUUGAAAGCUGCUCCAGAGGAACAAGUUGAAUCUUUAUCUGCAGAACCAGGAGUACAAUCAAUAUGGGAACAAAAUAAGGUCACUACAGAGUUCAAGAAGAAUCCAAACAGACAACUUGGGAACAAAUCAUUUGGGGAAGACUGGGAGGAUGAUAUAGAUGAUGUAGUGUCUGUCUGGCCCUCCACAACAAAGUCCUGUGACCCAGAAAGUAUAUCGUCUGUCAGUAAAUGUGAGGACCAUGCACAGCACAUUCACCAACAAGUGCUGUCCAAGGUAGGAACCAUGCAAAUGGUAAACGACGAUUCAGUUAAUGAAUCAUGGCUUCCAGAAAAAUCCCAAAUUAUCCAGAAACAGCCAAGUGACCAACCCCAACAAAAACAAGACCAGCAAAGUGAGCACCAAUGCAAAGAGAUCAGUUCAAAUUCUGGUACAAGAACUGUUUCUACAAGGUCAGAAAGUCCUAUUUUCACUCACAGAGAGCAUCCGUCCCUUCAGCCACAAGGAUCACAAAGUCUGGGCUACAGUGAGGCCAGAGCUCAAGCGUUUACACAAGAGGUCAGGCCAGGCAAGCCUGAAGUAUGUGGGAGAGGAGAGGAUGAAGAUUUGUCAGUGAAAGAACCUCAGCAAAAGAAACCACCACAGCAACAAAGGGUUCAAGGUCUUGGACAUAUUUUACCAAGAAUGCCAAAAGCUCCACAGGGAUCCUCUGAGCCGAGUGUACCAAAUGCACCCAACCCUGUCACAAUGCCGAGGGUGCCAGCUUUGUGGAAAAAUCUUGUAAAGCAUCAAGCUAAUCCAAAACUGGAUACAAAUGAGUUGCCUGAUGAACCACAUGUGUCCCCAGCAUUGGAUCAAGAACUGAAACUGGGUGAAACUACAGAGAAGAAAAAAGAAGGGACCAGAAACCUUCCUCUACGUCUACCUCGUCUACCGAAAGCAUUACAUGCACUUAAGCGAUACCAGCGCUCUGACAAUGUGUCUGGUCUGGAAACUUCUGCAGCUUAUAAACAGCAGCCUGCUGUAGAAUCACAGAAAAUAUCUGGCCAGAAACUAGUGCGAGAUCUCCUCAACGAACAGGCUGACCCAGAUUUCUUGAAAAGUCUCUCAGAAAUUGAACAUGAUGAACAAUCAUCUGCAACUUCACAAUACGCAGCUGGGGAGCCUCAAACUCAUGUUUACACAAACUUGAACGUUGCCAACAAUCCUCUGUGCAAUAACAGUAAAUCACCAGCUACUGACAUGAGUCGUGAGCCAAGUAGCCAUGACCUUCGGGAGGCUAGAUCAGAUGUCAACAGUCACUGCCAGCCAAAGAUAGAUAGUACAGUGAACUCUCAAGGAGAAGAUAUUGAACUGUCUACAAAAAGUGGCCAAAAUUCAACUUCAGACAAUCUACCUCCUGUUACUGCCCAGAAUUUCAUGCCCCAAGGCCUGCUGGGCCAAAAUGUUUUCCAGCCAUCACUGCCUAGUGGCCUUCCUGAAGGUUUGCCUCCCUACUUGGUACAAGCUUACCUCCAGUACCUCAGCCAGUCCCCCAAGGUAGAAAACACUGGCCCUACCAAUAAGGUCCUGCCAACCAUCCAACAUGCCCAGCCACAAGCAGAAGCCAUACUGCCUGGUUAUCCCCUAGUUGCUGGUGCAGGAUUAGGUGGCAUGCUGCCAAUUCCUACGAUGAUGCCUUUUGUCGGACUGCCAAACCCAAUGAUGCAGACAGAGUACAUGUUACAACAAACACAGCUACUUCAGCAACAGGAGGAGAGACUCCGACAGAACCAGCAAGUUCUGAUGCAGCAACAACAGCAGCUUCUCCUGACACAGAACAUUCAGCAAGGCAGUGGACUGACUUGUGUGCCUGCAGAGAGGGGGCUGGGAGGUGCACCUGUACUACAGACAACCCAGCCCAACUUACAAGGGCUCCAUCAGUCACAACACAUGAAGACUGGACCUCCCACAUCAGCUUCAGAUACUGAGAACUUCAUUGUAAACCCUAUGGAGCAGAAACUGCCAACACAACAGGGAAUUACUAGGACAGAAAUCAUGGAAACUGCCUAUGGAGCAUGUGACAGUAUCUUGCAGGGACAAGAUAUGCACAAGUCUCUGUUUCAGAAGUCUGUACUUCAGAACCAAAGAAGUGAGACUGAAGGAGACAACCAGGGUAUAUUGGGACAAGGUCAACUGCACCAACUGGAUGAAGGUUGUCAUAGAGAUGGUUUACAGCCAUUCCCACCACCAUUUUCUGGGAAUGUCAUGUCCGCACAACAGUACAAUCCACCAUCAGUCCAUGGAAAUAUUCCACCAGUGGAACAGCACAAUCCAAUGUUGGUCCAUAGAAAUAUUCAACCAGCACAACAGUACAAGCCACCUUUAGUCCCUGGAAUGGUUAACCCAGUACAGAGGUACUAUCCACCUUCAGUCCCUGGAAAUAUUCCAGCAGUUGAACAGUACAAGCCACCUUCAGUUUCUGGAAACAUACCAUCAGCAGAACAGUACGAUCCAAUGAAAAUCCUGAGAAAUAGUUCAACAAUGCAACAUUACAAUCCACCGGUACCCUCAGUUCCAGAAAAUAUUACCCCAGCGCCACAAUACAAUCCACCUUCAGUCCCUGGAAAUAUUCCAUCAGCAGAACAGUACAAUCCAAUGUCAAUCCACGGAAACAUUACACCUGCGCAACAGUACAUGCCACCAUCAGUUCCAACAGCAAACAGUGCAUCAACAAAAAAAGAGAGUUGUCAUGGAAACCAUCCUAUAGUAAAACAAUCGAUCACUAGACCUAGGACAUCUAUCUCGCCAGUUGAGAGCCAAGGUUCUUCUACAGGAGAAAGUGAUUUAGUGAAGGAUUCCUCCGUGAUUACAGUUGAGAAGAAGUACCUCCGAUUGCCUCCCAAACUGCAGCGUCGACAGGAGCAGACUCGUGCUGUCCAACAAAUGCUCAAUAAGCUACAUAUGGAGAGUCUGGAAAUGGAAAAGGAUGAGACAGCAGUAGAUAAAGAACAGAGAUGUUUUUGAUGGAUAAGACAAUUCACUUUAAUUCCUGAAGGAAUUCCGGAGUCCUGAAUUUUUUGAGGGAAGGUUGAUUAGUUUUGGAAAGAGUACGAGGAACUUGUAUACGGUAUACAAGUGCAGGAUUUCAUGCACUUUUUAACAGUCAGUGUUAAAAUAAUUAGCAAGUAGAGUCCGUUCAAUUAUUCACCCACAGUAAAGCAAGAUUUGAAACACUACUGUCUUAAACUGACAAUUCCUUGCUGCAUUUCACUGACUUCACAGAUGGUUUUGGGGUCCUACAGGAACAAUUGGUGAGAUGGUGCUGAGAAAUAUUUGUGUAUAUUGAAAUAUGUGAUCUGAUUGAAGCUUUAUGUGUUAGCCAGUGUGAUCUCCUAACACUUCAGAUGUAGCAGUAGAACAAAUGCAGCAUAAUAGACAGUCAAAGUAUGAUAUUACUAACAUAGUCAAAAAUAUUUUCAUAUUAUUAUGUUAGCUGGGUAUUCUUUCUAGAUUAUCAUGAGCUUGCAUAUUUAACCUAUAUUAUCAUAAUCAUAUUAGGUAGCUUUCUGAAAUUAGAUUAUCAUAUUAAGUAGCAUACUUCAAUUAACAUACUUCAUCUAGAUUAUCGUAUUAGGUAGCUUUCUUCAUUUAGAUUAUCAUACUAAAUAGCAUACUUCAUCUAGAUUAUGAUAUUAGCUAGCAUACUUCAUCUAGAUUGUCCUAUUAGGUAGCAUACUUCAUCUAGAUUAUUAUAUUAGCUAGCAUACUUCUUCUAGAUUAUCAUAUUAGCUAGCAUACUUCAUCUAGAUUGUCCUAUUAGGUAGCAUACUUCUUCUAGAUUAUCAUAUUAGCUAGCAUACUUCAUCUAGAUUGUCCUAUUAGGUAGCAUACUUCUUCUAGAUUAUCAUAUUAGCUAGCAUACUUCAUCUAGAUUGUCCUAUUAGGUAGCAUACUUCUUCUAGAUUAUCAUAUUAGCUAGCAUACUUCAUCUAGAUUAUCUUAUUAACUAGCAUACUUCAUCUAGAUUAUCGUAUUAGCUAGCAUACUUCAUCUCAUACUUCAUCUAGAUUAUCGUAUUAGCUAGCAUACUUCAUCUCAUACUUCAUCUAGAUUAUCAUAUAAGCUAACAUACUCUCCAUUAUUACUUCUUUUUUUCUUCAAAAUUGGUUGUUGCUUAUGUAUUUGAUUCAUUAAAGGAAUUUGUUUUUGCAAGAUUUGAGAGUAGAUAUGAUUUCAAUGUGCAUGCAUCAAGAAUAAAUCUUCUCACCACUAUAACAUGUGGUGUGACAAUUGACUAAGAAACAGCGUUCUGGACGCAUGCACAAUGACAUUACGCUUGCUCAAAAGUCACGCCCAAGGGCACUCAGUAUAUUCACAUAAAAGUGUUUCUGUGAUAAGCUCAUUGUAAUGCUAAUAAAUGACUGUUGAUAGUAUGGUGCUACAUUAGGGGGUGUACAUAGUCCUCAACUUUGUUACUGUGCCAUAUAGAUAAUAUGUUAUUGGUAUUUUUAUUUUACAUUGUUACCAAGCCUUUUCCAACAUGUACCUUAUCACCCCCCACCCCCCUACUCCUCUCAGCUGUUUCUCAAGUGUGACACUUCAGAAUGUGAACUUCUUUGGAAAUAUCAAUAAUUAGUCAUUGGUUACUUGGAAUAUAUAUAUGUCCCUUUUGAGAUAUAGCAACAUGGACACAAGUUGUGUAUUAUGCCUCACCUAAACCUGAUUCCUUGUAUUUGUUAUGUUUCUGUACUGAUUUGGAUGAGAUUGAAGCACCAAUCAAGAUAGGUAUACACAUAGUUAGCAUACUAAUGUACAAGAUCUCACCUAUAAGUAAUUGUUUUUUUAAUAGAUUACAACAUAUUUUUUUAAUGAGUAUAAGGUUGGCAUAUACGAGUGGAAAUCAGCAAUUGGGAGUUCUAUCAUAGACUAUAUUUUGUUGCAUUGUCAUCUUAGUUCAAAAAGGUUUUGUUCAAUAUGCCAAGACAAUCUGUUUGGGAAAAGAAGCUUAGAGUGUUUAUGAAUUCUUCUCUGAUUUACUAGUUACCACAUCAAAUCACAGAUCAUGGUUUUCUCUUACAAUUAUUUAAAAGAUGAAAAUUUCUCUAAUUAAAAGUUCCCUCAAUAAUGCUUGAUCAAAUUGACAAAGCUUGCUGCACCUUGGUUCUAUUCUGAUAAAAGAUAUAGAUUUAUUGAUGCUGUGUACAUGUUGUGUAUGCUUUUUAUCUCAACUGGUACAAAAUACCAGAUUGAGCUUGUAUGGUCGUGCUCAGUCUGUCGUCUAUCAGUUUUUCCUUUAAACACCACAUUUUAGAGCUAGCAUCCUUAGGCCAUGAGGAACUUAAGUUAUAGAAAUCAACGAUCUGACCCACCUGGGGGCUGAGGGAUGGAGUCCAAAGGGGUUGAAUGGGUUGAUUUAUUUUAAAUUACAUCUUGUCUAAAACAACUGGGCAUGUUUUAGCCAAACUUUAGUGUUAGCAUCCGUAGCCUAUGGAAAUUGAAUAUCAUAAAAAACAAAAUGACUUGCCCUUCCAGGACCUUGCUUCCCAAAAUAUUGAAUUUCAACUUUAUUCCCAAAUAGCCAUGUGAGUGUUACAGACCCCUUGGGCCUUUUGUGUUACUACCUCACAGUGUUAUGUAGAUACCAGAUUGGUGUCAGUGGCAGUGCUGUAUGAAAUUUGUGUUCCAAUUAAGUAGUGCUAUUUAAUGUUGAUAUUAUUCAGGAAUCCAAGACAUGUCUUUAAUGUGUUUGAAGUCCUCUGCAAGAUGUUUGCUUCAGCUUGAUAUUGGAAAAGCACCAACUUAAACAUUGAGAGUUAUUGACCAUGCAUGUAGAUUUUAGUUGUCAUGAAGUAAUUGAUUCAGCAAGUCUCUUUGGCCUGGUAUUAUUAGUCCACAGAGCCUAGUUCUUAAAAUGGAAGUAAGCUUAGCAGUUAGCACUGCAUGGUUGAAUUAAUCACAGAAUUUGACCUCUGUGACCUUACAUGCAGAAAAGGCUUAUUACUGAUAAAAUAUGCAAGUGAAAAAUGUUGUUAUUCUUUUUUUUUUAUCAAUCAGUCAUGAACUUAUGUGUAACCUAUAAUUGUAAACUUCAUGCUCUAUCAACUUUUUUGCAAUAUUUUUUACAUCAUCAUUCCAUCCAUUUACGAAAGGACCAGUGAUAAAAUAUAGUCUAGAAGUAUAUUUGUAUGUGCAUUGUCAGAUAGUCAGAAUACUGGAUACACCUUUGAACUCGGGCAUUAGGUUUCAGUCUUUGCUAUUUUUAUUUCAAAAAUGAUUACGUCUUGCUGUUGUUUCUUGACUUUCACAGAAUACUCAGUUAAGAAUUUAUAUGUUUGUUCCGGUUGUGCAUAAUAUAUGCUGGGAAAUGUUUGUCCUAGUCUAAAUUUCGCCUUUUUCAUCCUCCUGUAUGAAGGUUAAAUUACCAUAGUAGCGAAUAUUAGUAAACAGCAUACCAUAUAUUGUGUUACAUUUUGGAAGGAAGAACUAACAGGGGUGAACAUAGAUUACUUGUGAAGGCGAAUAUUUUACUGGGCGAAAGAUUCUCAGUAAACAGGAUUGAAGAAGGCAAGAAAUGUGAUUGUGUAUACGUAUUAGUGAUUCUCAUGGUAGUUUUUAAUAAGUAGUACAUGUACAUAAUUUUCUUUUUGAAAAGUUUUUGUUCUCUUUUUUUUUUAUAAGGAUUUUGUUGAAUUUACAUGUAGUAGAUCAUAUAUAUCUUGUGUUUUGAAGAUGAAGUGAUGUAGUAUAUAAACUGACUGUGUUUUUGUCAGUAUUCACACAUAUCCUCUACCAGAGUAGCCAACACAUACCAGAUUAAUUAAUCCAGGUUGUAAAAAAAAAAAAAAAAUCCUUCAGUUUCCAUUAUAUAAAGUCAUACCACAUUUUAUAUUAUUUCACUUCUGAUGUAUUGAUAUUGUUACAUAUCAAAUCUUAAUUUAUGCAUGAACAAUGUACGAAUUAAAUGUGUUUGCAAUGUUUCAAGACCAACUGGUCCCUUUGUAUGGCUAUCAUAGCUUCCUGUAUGCUAUCUACGCUAGGCUAUGACCAGUCGGUCUUGAAACGUUGCAACCCAUUUAAUACGUGCAUUGUCUGUGUAUAAAGUGAACCACUGAUGUUACAUACUGCCAAACUGAUGAAUCUUAUUGAAGAUACUGUUACAGCUAUUGAGAUUUUUUUCAAAUAGGUUCCCAGGCAACUGGCAUAGGUAAUACAAUGGGCGAAACCGGGGGUUAAAUAUUGAAGUAGAUUGUGUUGGAAGGAGAAUCGAUGUAUGUAUAACGGGCAGAAUAUUUUGUUUUCAGUGGAUAUAUUUUAACUUCUGUUAAGAACAUUUGUGCAAUGGAUGGGUUGCUGAAAUUUUCAUUUAACUUUUUAACCUACUAACAAAAAGUCCAGGAUUUGGCCCUAGUAACUUGAUCAGAUCUCCGGUCCUGGUAUCACAUUUUGUAGCUUGAGUUUGUCCCCAUUUUGUGCAUGUAGUUGUCUUCCUACAACAGACUGUACUGACAACUGUUCUGUAUGUAAAAUAUUUGUGUUGUCAUGUAAUCUUUCUUUUUUUUUUCAAAAUUAAAUAAAAAGAACAUCUACCUA